UUUUCCUUGUUCCAUUUUCGCUCCAUUUAUUAGGGUUCUAUUUCUCCGGGUUGAUUAAGAGAUUUGAUAUAUACGGAACUGAUUUGGAGGCGAUAUUGAACAGUUGGCUUCCGACCUUGCUUUCUCCCCUUCGCUUUCUCCCCUUCUUACCUAUUCUUUGACCUCCUACGUUGACGGAAACGGAGGCGCCUCGGACGGACCGAACGGCCUUGCGCUUCGUGCGUGCUUGGCUUGCUUCACUAUCCCCCCGAGUGCAAAGUUCUAAACUCGGACUCGACUGAGCCCUAAGGGAUUCCGCCUCACCGACGUCUUCCUCGCAACGCCACAUCUGGGAGCCACAUGCUUUCAACCCCUCUCACCAUGCCCUCUCCCUCUCCCUCACCCCCCGACUCACCCAGCCGCCUCGCGCCCCUUUCCCAACCCGACGAAGCGCGCUCUCAAAUUGUCAAGGCCGACUCGGCAUCCAACCACAGCAGCACUGGGGAGAACUUCGACAUGUCGACGCGCUCUGUGACGACAAGUGUGUUUAACUUCCAUCGGGAGAAUGGGAGGACGUAUCAUGGGUAUCGUGCUGGAUCCUACCACUUCCCCAACGACGCCAACGAAGUCGACCGCCUUGAAUACCAACACGUCCUUGUCAACCACUGCCUGCAAAAUAAACUCUUCUACGCCCCUAUCCCCCCUCCCCCUUACCCCCUAACCGUCCUCGAUAUCGGCACAGGCACCGGCGACUGGGCCAUCGAAAUGGGCGACCUCUACCCAGAAGGCAUGAUCGAAGCCACGGACCUGUCUCCCAUCCAGCCCUCCGCCGUCCCAGCAAACGUGCAAUUCAUCAUCGACGACGCCGAGCAGUCCGACUGGGCCAUCCCCGAGAACCACUACGACUUCGUGCACACGCGCAUCCUCGAGGGCUGCUUCUCCGACAUGGGCGCCGUCAUCGCUACCGCUUUCAAAUACAUCAAGCCUGGCGGCUUCCUCGAGAGCCAGGAGCUCAACCCCUUUCCCCAGUGCGACGAUGGUACCAUGCCCGACGACUGGCCCUUCGCGAAGUACGUCGCUAAGCUGCAGGAGGCCUCGCUGGAGGUUGGGCGCGAACUCGACAUUACGCCGAAGCUGCGAGGCUGGUUUGAGGCCGCGGGCUUCGUGGAUGUGCAGCAGCGGGUGUUCAAGGCGCCGAUAGGCCGCUGGCCGAAGGACCCAGCGAUGAAGGACCUUGGGCACUGGUGGGCGGAGAAUAUGUCGGUAGGCCUGGCGGGGUUUAGUUUGGCGUAUUUUAGUCGCGUGUUGGGGUGGAGCACGGACGAGAUUGAGCUGUAUCUGGUGGAUGUGAGGAAGAGCUUGAUGGAUAGGGAUGUCCAUGCAUAUCAUCGCAUGCAUGUGAUGUGGGGACGUAAGCCAGAGGUGGGAGAAGUGGUGCCAGGGAAGUCACCGGCGUCAUGAGGUGGUGGUGAUGAGCCUCGUGGAAUGGGGCGACGGUGUUGUUUCAUGACUGAUGAUUUCGCUAGAGGAUGGUAGGGUUGCAUAUAGGACCGGUCAGCGCGCAAUUUUUUUUUCUGUUAAUCCCGCGGCGUACUCUUUUGGUGGUAAAGGGGGGCGAUGGCGGUGGUGGGCCAAAAAAGGGCAGGGUGAUAGAUGAUAGGCUAUAUUCAAGAAUAAUAUUCUU